AUGGCUCUGAAUCUGCACUCGCCGACGGAAAUCAAGGCUAUCUCCUUCUUGGAGACCUCUAAAUCCAACCACAACCUCAACCUCCUCAAGCUUCAAGGUGGAUUAGCUUUGAAGAGGAAGGCCAAUGGAGUGGUAUAUGGGAAAAGAAUACAUUGCUCAGUACAGGGUCCUCCCCCGGCCUGGCCAGGGUGGGCUGUUGUUGAGCCUGAUCGUAAGACUUGGGACGGUCCAAAGCCUAUAUCAAUUGUUGGAUCCACUGGCUCUAUUGGAACUCAGACAUUGGACAUAGUUGCGGAGAAUCCAGACAAGUUCAGAGUCGUGGCACUUGCGGCUGGUUCAAAUGUCACUCUUCUUGCUGAUCAGGUCAAGACCUUUAAACCUCAAUUAGUUGCUGUCAGAAAUGAGUCAUUAGUUGAUGAACUCAAAGAGGCUUUGGUGGAUGCUGAACACAAGCCUGAAAUUAUUCCUGGAGAGCAGGGCGUCAUUGAGGUUGCCCGCCACCCGGAUGCCGUCACUGUAGUAACAGGAAUAGUUGGUUGUGCAGGAUUAAAGCCUACACAUAAAGUGAAAAUUCUUCCUGCCGAUUCAGAACAUUCUGCUAUAUUCCAGUGUAUUCAAGGUUUGCCAGAGGGUGCACUUAGGCGCAUUAUUUUAACUGCAUCUGGCGGAGCUUUUAGGGAUUGGCCGGUUGAUAAACUGAAAGAAGUUAAAGUAGCUGAUGCCUUGAAGCAUCCUAACUGGAAUAUGGGGAAAAAGAUUACGGUGGACUCUGCUACCCUUUUCAAUAAGGGUCUAGAAGUUAUUGAAGCUCACUAUCUUUAUGGGUCUGAAUAUGAUGAUAUUGAGAUUGUUAUUCACCCCCAGUCCAUCAUACACUCAAUGGUUGAGACACAGGAUUCAUCUGUCCUUGCACAGUUGGGAUGGCCUGAUAUGCGUCUACCAAUCCUCUACACAUUAUCCUGGCCAGACAGAAUUUACUGCUCUGAGAUUACUUGGCCCCGCCUUGAUCUGUGCAAGCUUGGUUCUUUGACAUUUAAAGCUCCUGACAAUGUGAAAUACCCAUCCAUGGAUUUGGCUUAUGCUGCUGGGCGAGCUGGAGGCACCAUGACUGGAGUUCUUAGUGCAGCUAACGAGAAAGCUGUUGAACUGUUUAUCGAUGAAAAGAUCAACUACCUGGACAUUUUUAAGGUCGUGGAGCUAACAUGUGAUAAGCAUGAGGCAGAGCUGGUGUCCUCGCCUUCGCUUGAGGAAAUCAUACAUUAUGACUUGUGGGCACGGCGAUAUGCUGCCAGUUUCCAACCCUCAGCUGGUUUGAGUCCGGUUCUUGUAUGACUACUCCACAUUCGAGUCGAAAAUGUUGGUUACAGAAUUGUUGUAUGCAUCCCCCAAAUGGACAUCUUUGUUGAGGUAUGCCAAGCAGGAAGCCAAAUUGUGUAGCAUUGUUGAAGAUGAAUAAGUCUCUGUAUUCCAUCUAUAGGUUUUAAAUCAAUGUAUUCAGUUCUUUCUUCAGCAUGUGUAGUGAAGAACUCAUCUCCAAAUAUAUGAGGGAUGGUCAUAUUAAAUAUUGAAAUAUCCGUAAUUGAUUGGAUCAUUUAAGCUUUAAGAGUUUG